AUGGACAAUUCUCGAGGGAGAUCUCCCUCGAGAGGCAAUGCGCAGCACAUAAGCCCUCAGCCUUCCCCCAACCACUACCCCGGCAUUGUACCAGGAGUAGACCCUUCUGUUCAACAAGCUCUGACCACCGGCAAGUUCAAUACCUCGGGCAGCGUCUUCAACAACCCGUUCCUUGCUUCUCAGCAACAAGGCGGCCUCCAACCCAUCCCAAACGAGCCAAGUUUCUAUGAUAACGGCCAAUAUCAGAACAUCUAUCCAGACAAUCAGUUCGUGGGCCAGGAGCUGGAUCAGCCCUUCAACAGCGGGAACUUCAUGUACCAGGGCGAGGAUAUAUCCGGCGAUUACAACCAGACCUAUUCACUGAACCAAGCCUACGACAUGAAUUCCCAAACUAAUGUGAACCCAGCAGAAUUGAGCAAGCUAUCUCCGCCGCAGGAUCAUCAGUCCCCGAAUUUGCAUCCUCCAGAAAAUCACUCGUCCCAACCGGGUUCGCCUGCGUCGACAAACGGCCAGUACUACACUCCUCAGCAUUCAAGAAACGCUUCUCUCGAUCCAUCCAGUGCCUAUUCUGGCUUGAGUUUUCAACAGCACCGGAGGGCGCCCUCUGAACAUAGCGAUAUUUCGUCCGCAAACCAUUCCCCAUAUCUGUCUCAUUCAGAAUUGCACAACACAGGAGGCGACAUCAACCACUCGCCGUAUCUACCCGCGCAACCGGACACAAGCAAUGCGUUCGGCAUGGAAAGCUUCAGUUUAGGCGACCAGGCUCCGUACCGAUCUCCGAGGCUGAUGCCCAACAUGGAAGGCAACCAGCAGGGCCUUGGACUGGAUGGGAGUGGCUUGCGUUUGGGUCAACCUCUCGGAAUCCCCGUACCCGACGUGUAUACUACACAACCACCUCAAUACCAGCCUCCCGUUGUUCCGAGUAAUCAUAUACGGAAUACGUCGGUCGUUUCGGACAUUGGUCAGGCUGACCAGUUUCAACCUCCAACCAUCAACAUCGAACCGGCACCGGUGUCGAGACAGCAAAGCUUUGGACCGCAAGGCGAGGCUACGGAAGGUGCCUUGAGUCCUCCGUCCAACAACAGGGGCCGCAACCGAAGCAAAUCCGACGUCACAUUCACACGCCCUCUGUCAAGAUCGAGUUCGCCGGGGCUGACCGCGACCAACGCCAAUCGCAACAGUCUUUCUGUCCGGUCUAGCACCCCUGAAAGAGGCCAAUCGCUGUCUCGAGAAUCAUCUCCUGGACCAGGUGUGCAAUCUGGGCGAAUCGACAAGAACCGUCGAGCCAGCACCUCCUCGAUGGGUCAAAGCAGGGAUUAUAUCCUCGAUCUCGCCGAUCCCACCAGGCCAAACGCGUCUCCGUCCGGGUCAAAUACGAGGGUCCAAAAACAUCCCGCGACGUUCCAAUGUAAUCUAUGUCCGAAGCGGUUCACAAGAGCGUAUAAUUUACGAUCGCAUCUGCGGACUCAUACCGAUGAACGACCCUUCGUCUGUACAGUGUGUGGCAAAGCAUUUGCACGACAGCAUGAUCGAAAACGUCAUGAAGGCCUGCACAGCGGAGAGAAGAAAUUCGUCUGCAAAGGCGAGCUCCAUUCAACACCGGGUCAGCAUUGGGGUUGUGGGAGACGGUUCGCAAGGGCAGAUGCACUUGGUAGACAUUUCCGCAGUGAAGCCGGACGGAUUUGCAUCAAGCCACUCCUCGAGGAAGAGAAGGCAGAAAGGCAGAACAGAGCGAUGAUGGAGCAGCAGCAACAGCAGCAGGCACAUUUUGCCCACCAGGGCGGGCUACAACCCCUUCCUCAACCGAUGAUGAUAGGCAUGGACCCCACCACAGGUGCUGGUGGGUUCGCAUUACCCGCCGCGCUUCUGCAGCAGUAUCCUGCACUGCAGAACAUAGAUUGGUCGCAAAUUUCGACUGUUGACGACCAAGGAGACCUUAGCGAUGUCGGCGGUAUGGGAAGAGCAGGCUUCGAUGCAUCAAGCGGCGGAGAGUAUUAUGACGAAGAUAUAUCUGACGGCUACGUUAGUGGCACCGGCAUGGAUUUUUCGAACCCUGGGGCACAGCAGAUGUACAUGGGUAGCUGA